GAUAAAAUUUUCUGUUUACGAUUCAUCCCAUUCGGCCAGCAAGAAACAUGGAUGCCGCCAUCAAGCAAGAUUUGCCUCCUGAAGGAGGAUACCAAAAGAUACAAUAUGCUCGAAAUCCUGCUAAAACAUAUUUCAGAGGAGGAAGAUUGCUUGCCGGAGUUCUACUUUUUAAUGGAUGUACCACCUACUACUACUUUAAUCACUGUUAUCCAAAGAUUUUGCAUGAGAGAGUAGAAAAAAAUGGUGCCCAUUUAGCAACUCUACCUUUGCUUAUGGCUGAAAGAGACCGCGCUUACCUUAAACACUGUAGGGCCAUUCGAGACGAAGAGGAAAAACUUAUGGCCAAUGUUCCUAAUUGGGAGGUUGGCAAGUGGAAAGGAGAACAAAUCUACAAAACACUUGAUAGAAAUGACUUUAAUGACCCUAUCCUUUGUGAGUACUAUGUUCAUGCACCAUUUUUUGAUUUCUGGAAGAAAGCCCAUGAAGCUCAAAUCCAAGUUUGAACAUAGUUUGUUGUCCUGCUGUAAAUGUCAAAAACAGGAAAAUAGUAAAAGUAUCAACUGGUAA